AGGUGUACCGUGGAUGACAGGGUGACACGGGUAGCGUGGUUGAACCGCAGCACCAUCCUGUACGCCGGCAACGACAAGUGGUCUAUAGACAACCGGGUGGUCAUCCUCUCCAACACCAAGACCCAGUACAGCAUCAAGAUCCACAACGUGGACGUCUACGAUGAGGGGCCCUACACCUGCUCCGUGCAGACAGACAAUCACCCCAAGACUUCGCGCGUCCACCUCAUCGUGCAAGUUCCCCCCCAGAUCGUGAACAUUUCCUCGGACAUCACCGUCAACGAGGGCAGCAGCGUCACCCUCAUGUGCCUGGCCUUCGGCCGACCGGAGCCCACCGUCACGUGGCGGCAUCUCUCUGGGAAAGGGCAGGGCUUCGUGAGCGAGGACGAGUACCUGGAGAUCACGGGCAUCACGCGGGAGCAGUCCGGGGAGUACGAGUGCAGCGCCGUCAACGACGUGGCCGUCCCGGACGUGCGGAAAGUCAAAGUCACCGUCAACUACCCGCCGUACAUCUCCAACGCCAAGAACACGGGCGCCUCGGUGGGCCAGAAGGGCAUCCUGCAGUGCGAGGCCUCGGCCGUCCCCGUGGCGGAGUUCCAGUGGUUCAAGGAGGACACCAGGUUAGCGAACGGGCUGGAGGGGGUGAGGAUCGAGAGCAAGGGCCGCCUGUCCACGCUGACCUUCUUCAACGUCUCGGAGAAGGACUAUGGCAACUACACGUGUGUGGCCACGAACAAGCUGGGCAACACCAACGCCAGCAUCAUCCUCUACGGGCCCGGAGCGGUGCACGACGGCGGCAACGCGGCCUCCCGGGCGGCCGCAGGCCUCUGCCUCUGGGCCUCCCUCCUGGCUGGCCUCCUCCUCCUCCUCCACUUUUGAUAAGGGAGCGGGAGGGUCCCGGGAGGCCCCCACCGCCCCUCUCUCUCUCUCUUUUUUCCCCCCCUCGCCGCGGGGGGCUCGUCCCGCUGCGGUGCCGCGCCGCCCCGGGGGACUUCUCUCGGUCGGACGGGCCCUGCACCGGAGGACAGGCGGCGGCGGCGCCCGGCGUCCCAGGAUGGCCGCCCUCCCCCUUUCUCCUGCGUGCCAGCAUCCUUCUCGCCGCCGGUUACGCUGUACAGACCCCCCCCUCCAUCCCCCUCCCCGCCGGACCCUCGCCCGACGCCGCCGUCACCCCUGGGGACGCCGAGCGGCCCGGCCGUGCACGGGGGGGAGCGGAGCCCACCGCGGGGAUGUCCGUCCGUCUCAUCGUCUCGCUAAAGCCACCCCAAAAGGCCACCGGGUUGAGGCCUUCCCCCUCCCUGGCUCGGCCUUCAGCCCUGAAUGUUCAGUUCUUGCCACCAAAGCGCCCCCCACAUCGUGUCGGCUCGGCCCCACGGGGUGGCCCCCGCUGCUGCUGGCCCUUUCCGAGGGGGUUGAUUGCCCGACACAACUCAACUCAUCCAUCAAGGGCCACGCCACCUCCUGCCUCUCCAUCUCCUAUCUCCCAUCCUACCCCCACCUCCCCAAAAAGUCAUCUUGCCUUCCUCACAUGGUGGCUCUCCCAGGAAUGUGAGCCCUGGAGGUGGCCCUCUGGGGGGUUGAUGGCUCUCCUGGCCAUCACCCAUCCUUCACUCUGCUGCUGUCCCCCUCCCCGAAUGCUGGGACCUGCCCCUCUGGUAGGUUCCUCCUGGCUUGUUUCUCAAGUGCUUUCCCACCGGCACGUCAAAAGCACAGCACAACACAAAAGCAGAGACGCCAAACCACGAAGCAAAGCACCAAGUCAAGUCACAAGCUCCCCCUUCCCAUCUCCACGCGUCCGGAGGGGACGGGAGGGCACCCUUCCCACCUCCAGGGCUCUUCCUUGGCCACUGGGCAUCUCCUCGCUUCCCCUCCCAUUGAGCUGCUCAUCUCAGGACGGCAGAAGUUCAAGAGCCCACCCUUGACCUGCAAUGUCCACGCUUUGCCUUUUCUCCCACCCUGCCCAUCGGAGGAGAGUCCGACACCUUGGACCUGGCUCUGGGCUCCAUCGGCGCUGAAGGUGGCUCCUUGUCCCAUCCUCCCUGCCACAACGGACCUUCAACACCGCAACAAAUGCUCCUACACUCAAACUCAACCUUCUCCUUCCUCAAGCCACCUUGGGAGACCACCCCCUUUCCGGCUUCCCUCGCCGGGUACGUGGUGGUGUCCCCGAGCCCUGCCCCAUGUCCCCUUUGGGGGUCUCGGUCCAGGGAUGGACCUUCCCAUCCUGCUCCUGAAAAAAAUGUCACCUGCAAGGCCAGACCUUCUACAUGCACCAAGGACACAACCACAGCCACGCGCUGAGCAAGCACACGACGCAUCCCCUACCCCGUGUCCUGCCCCUUCCCUUCUCCCUCCAGAACCAAGAUGGUUGAAGAAGAACCAUGGCCACGCACACGCUGUUUCCUGCCCCCUCCUCUCCCGCUUUCCCCGGCUGCGAUGAACCUGGGCCCGUGAUCCUCCUGGCACAAAUGAUAGAAAACAACCUUCCCCCAACCCCAAGGCUGCAACAGGCCACCACCUUGUCCUCUAUUCCACCAUGUCCCUGCUCUCGGGGGGCUUCCCAGGACCUGCACUCAACCACCCCCCCAAAAAAGACAACAGCAACACAUUCUCCAUGGACUCCCUGGAUGCUCAACAUGUACAACAACCAACUGGCCAACACCCACGUGGCCCAAGCCAGGGGUGGGAGGUGUCUCUCCGGUGCCGUAACGCAAUCUCCAUGGACUCCCUGGAUGGUCAACAUGUACAACAACCAACUGGCCAAAACCCAUGUGGCCCAAGCCAGGGGUGGGGGGGUGUCUCUCCGGUGCCAUAACACAAUCUCCAUGGCCUCCCUGGAUGCUCAACAUGUACAACAACCAACAACUGGCCAAAACCCACGUGGCCUGAGCCUCUCCAGUGUCUCUCCGGUGCCGUAACACAAUCUCCAUGGCCUCCCUGGAUGCUCAACAUGUACAACAACCAACAACUGGCCAACACCCACGUGGCCCAAGCCAGGGGUGGGGGUUGUCUCUCUGGUGCCAUCCCGACGCGCUGGCUUACCUGAUGGGCUGGUCCUGGCGUGGUCCCUCUGGUGCUGCUCCUCUUCUCCUCCAGCAUCCUGGAAAGCUGGUGCCGGCGACGAUCCCGGUCAACUUCACGGAGCGGGGGACGCCGCCAUCUUCAGCCGGGACAUCUCCACGUGUGUCCUUCCCCAUGUGCCCGGGGAGACACCUCGCCCCGACGCCUCCGGCCAUUUGCACCGUCCGUCCCCCCCAUCCCACCUCCCAAAAAUCCCCCCUGUGCCCAUUCCCAGGAUGUCCCCCCUGGAUUUCUCUAUCCCCGCAGCAGAAACGCUGAACCGGUCCCCCCAUGGCAUCACGGAGAGUGGAGGUGACCACCAGAUGUCCCAACACCGGUGGCCCCGGUGCCCCAGGAUGCCCCCCUUGCCCCCAUCCUUCUCCUCCCAGGGCUGGGUGGGCUCCCCUGUCCCCCUCCUCCGGGACGGCGUCCGACUUUCUCGUGCCAUGUAACGUGCCAUUGUGAGGAACGUGUUGGCUGUCUUGAGGCCGGGAGAUGGACCCCGUGGUGGCCACGUUUGGUGGCCACGUUUGGUGGCCCUGGGGGGGGA